CUGUCUCACCAGCAGGAUGACUAAAGGAGCUGUGAGUGUAUAGAUUUCAGUGUAUGUGUGGUUGAGUGUGUUUAUGUUAGUGUGCAUGCGUGGGUGUGUGUGGGUUUCUGGGAGGAUUAUUCAGCUGUAACUCUCGUGCGUAUGUGUGUGUGUGUGUGUGUCUGCGCUGACCGCCACAGUCAACCCCCGUCCACAAGGGAGACUUUCUCAGAAUGCGGAUGGCGUGAGCAGUCAGGGGAAAAGUUUCUAGCAGCUCGUUUGAGCCUCAGCUAACUCAAUCCAUUCGGCUCAGACUGUGUCGACCCAGAAGGGGAGAAACGGCAGCAGCUGAGCGAGACCUGGUGGGAUUUGUGUCGGUGCUGAUUGACUACCUGUCACUGGAGUGGAUAUAUCAGAGCCCAGGGACUCAACAAGGCUGUUUGUAAGACCUGAGUUGCCAUAAUGGACGACUCAUGCGCGUCACACAGCAGUUCUCAGCGCACCAGAGGUCGAUCCAGUCCUGAGGUUCAGAGAUCCGAUGUCAUCAGAUGUGGGUGGCUCCGGAAGCAGGGAGGCUUUGUUAAGACUUGGCACAGUCGCUGGUUUGUGCUGAAAGCUGAUCAGCUCUUCUACUACAAAGAUGAAGAGGAGACCAAAGCCCUGGGAGUCAUUCUCUUACCUGGAAACAAAGUUACAGAACAUCUAAGCAGCGGCGAUGAAGGGGGCAAAUUUCUCUUUGAGGUGGUUCCUGGUGGUGAUAGAGAGCGGAUGACAAACAACCAUGAGACCUACCUACUUAUGGCCAACUCCCAGAAUGACAUGGAGGAUUGGGUGAAGACAAUCCGGAGGGUAAUCUGGGCACCUUUUGGUGGGGGGAUCUUUGGUCAGAAGUUGGAGGAGACUGUGCGGUACGAGCGCCGCUUUGGGAACAAGCUUGCCCCCAUGCUGGUGGAGCAGUGCGUGGACUUCAUUCGGAGGUGGGGGCUUCAGGAGGAGGGUCUGUUCAGACUGCCGGGACAGGCUAACCUGGUCAAAGAGCUGCAGGACGCCUUUGACUGCGGAGAGAAACCAUCUUUUGAUUGUAACACAGAUGUGCACACUGUAGCUUCUCUUCUGAAGCUGUACCUCAGAGAACUGCCAGAGCCCGUCAUCCCUUUCCAGAAGUAUGAAGAGUUCCUGGCCUGUGCCAAGCUCUUGGGCAAAGAUGAUGAAACAGGUAUGAAGGAAUUAAAAAGGCUUGUGGAAUGUCUACCUCCAGUGAACUUCAACCUCUUGAAAUACAUCUGCAGGUUUCUCGAUGAAGUUCAGUCUUAUUCAGGAGUGAAUAAGAUGAGUGUGCAGAACUUGGCCACUGUUUUUGGGCCAAACAUCUUAAGGCCAAAGAUUGAGGAUCCAGUGACAAUAAUGGAAGGAACUGUUCUGGUCCAGCAGCUCAUGGCUGUUUUGAUCGGUCGCCAUGAUAUCCUUUUUCCGAGAGAAGAAGACGAGUCUGCGACACUCGAACCCGCCAACAAUAACAACAUUGAACUCCCACGAAGACAAGCCGUCACGACUACCUCAGGCAUAGCCACAGUGACCCAAAACGCUGAAAACAACAACACACAAGUGGUGCGGCAGUGUGUUUGGGAAGCACCCGAGUCUCAUUCCCAACACCAACAAGUAGACAACAGAGGCUCCCCGCGAUCAGCGAGCCCCCGAAAUGUUGUCCCCGGACACUUAGACAUGACCCGUAGUCCAACUUUGACUGUGAAGAAGAACCCAGCCUUCAACAAAGGAAGUGGGAUUGUUACAAAUGGCUCCUUCAGCUCCUCGCCCUCUUCAGAUCCAAAUUUAGAUAAGAGCCACUCCUUAACAGGAAGUGGGAUUUUGACAGCACGUCGUAGCGGGACGCUCAAAGGCUCAGGGACAAAAAUGGGCACCGGUGGCGUGACAAGCGGAGGCAGUCCGGCUGGGAAUGGGACGAGCAUUUUGCGCAUGGGUAUUUCAAGCUGUGACACAGUCACAGGAAGCCAGAACAACCGCAAUGGUCUUUGGGUACAAAACGGCUGUGUCAUGCUUCGAGAGAGCAACAAGACACGCGAGUGCUCCAACGGGGAUCAAAUAGCCAGUCAGAAUCGUCUGUCUACGUAUGAUAAUGUGCAGUUAAACCAUCAGAACCUGCAGAACCAGAUCGCCAACACAUGUCUGAGCACCAGCUGUGAGGACAAGCAGAGUGUGGACAGUGCCACCUGGUCCACGUCGUCCUGUGAAAUCUCCCUCCCCGACAAUUCCACUUCCUGUCGUUCCUCCACCACCACCUGCCCUGAGCAGGACUUUUACAGCGGACACUAUGAAGAUUUGGAUGGACCAGCACAGGAUGGUGAACUUCCCCAGUCUGGUGGUGGUGGUGGAAGUGGAAGUGGCAGGAACAGCAACAAGGAAGAGGGUGAAGAUGGAGCUGGGGGGAGCAGCCAGGGCACCAGUUACAGUGAGACCAGUGAGGGGCUGACCGUUGGUAAUGGAGCUGGCAGCCACAGCGCGCUGCACAGCCUAGUGGCCAGUCUUAAACAGGAGAUGAACAAACAGAGGAGCGAGUAUGAGGCCAGGAUAAAAAGCUUGGAGCAGCGUAACCUGGAGCUGGAGACAGAAAUGGUGAACCUCCACGAGGAGCUGGACCAGGAGAGGAAGAAGUACACCAUGGUGGAAAUCAAGCUACGCAACGCUGAGCGGGCCAAGGACGAUGCGGAGCGGCGGAACCAGAUGCUACAGAAGGAGAUGGAGCAGUUUUUCUCUACGUUCAGUGACCUCACCGCAGCCAGCAACGCCACAGCCACCGACCCUCGCCGGCCGGACCGAAACAACACCAUCUGGAUUCAGUGAGACGAUGGCGUUAGGACUAAAACCUUUUUUGGGCUUCCGACUGAGGGAGUUGUGAAAUGCCAAUAAAAAGGAUGCGCUUUAAUUUAACAGACUUAAAGGUGUUUGUAUAAAUGUUGACAUCACCCGGAGUGAUGUCACCGCAAUCAUAUCUGUACAUAUAAAUAUUUAAAGACCUCGUGGACACUAAUGUAAAACCAGCGUGGUGCUCACUGAAGUGGAAUUAGAAACAGUUUGUGAUGGUACUACGUUUAGCCUUCAAGCAUGAUAAAAAGUAACGAAGGCAAACAAUAUACAGAUGCAAAGAAACUGCUGAACUUAUUAGUGCUCGCUGUUGUUCUUUAUGUACAGAGAGGGAAACAAUACAGACAAAACCCAAUCAGAUGUUUGUAAAGAAAAACUAAAACCUAAAUGUUAGUGAUAUUUAAGCUAAAUGUGAUGUUUUAUAUUAAGAUGGUUUUCUUGCACUUACGUGUCUGUCUAGCCUCUGGAAGCUGGUACUGAAUGUUCUGUCCAUGUGUGUCAUCUGAAUUCAGAUUCUGUAUAUUUGCCUGUGCCUCUGUGACGUUGCAUUUUACUCUUGACCAAAACUAAGGAAACCUGUCCUGUAAAUAUUUUAUAGAUAAUUGAAGACACUAAUUGUUUAGUCUGCACUGUGGUUUGACUGAGACUCAGAUGGAAAUAGCCCGAAUUAAACUGUAGCUUGUGAAAGUCUGUUUUAGCCCUGUGCAAUUGGCUGUUAGCACAUGUUCCUGUCUUGAAUUCAGAAUUACAAAAUUUGUACUUUACACUUAAAAAAAGUGUAGCAACCAAUUUGUGUGCCUGUGGACAUUUUCUGAGCGAACAGCAAAAACCUACUUAGAGAAAACUACUUUAUCUUUAGCACAUAGCUAAAAUUAGCUGCUAAAAUGUGGAAAAUCCGAAGGUGGAGCAUCCAGUUAAGGAUAUUUACAGUGUAAUGGCAAGAUUUGGUAGCAAAUGAGUGCAUGAAGGUGCAUGAGUUGGGAGUUGGUGUAUAAUAAUGUGUAUUAUGUGACUUUGUAAUAAAUUAAGUAUUUAUGUAGCCUUAAAACAAAUGUCUACACACAGAGUGGAUUUGCUGAUGGGUACAAAUCCAGACACGUCUGAGAUCUGACCUGGUCUGGACAUCUGUCAGGAGAGGUUUUGUGUGCUUUCAGACCUGCUGCUUCUCCUCUCUAGAGACCAGAUCCCGUUUAAAACCUGCUGCUGGUCAUUGCAGGACAUCUGGAAUGUGUGCAUGGAUUGAAGAAUGAAAGUGCCUGGACAACCAAAGAAAGAACGAAAGCCUGCUCCUCUCACUUUGCACAUUUCUGUAGGAAAUAAUAGGCUUACCCAAGCUGACAAUGUCACCUCAUUCUUUGAAUUCCACACAAAAGGAGCUGCAGGAUGCCAUACUUGAUGAUACAGAGGAACUGUAAAAACAUGUUAGGAAUAAAAAUGUAUUCACCUGUAACAUUGCUUAGUUUUUUAGUCUUUCCAGGGUUCUAUGGUUUAAACUCACUCAAUGUGCAUUUAUAUCAAGAAUAAAUGACAUGUCUCUUAACUGUUAUCUCAGAAAUGUUUACAUUUAUUCCACAGUAGGGGUGUGUAUUGGGAAGAAUCUGGUGAUACGACACAUGUAUUACAACACAGGGGAGAUGAUAUAUCAUGACACUAAAACCAGACAAUACUUGCAAUUAUUAAGACACUAUUUAUUUGGAGAACUCAGGCCAGAUGCACAUCCAGUGUUAUCAUGAGGUCACAUUGUUCUUUCCUCAUUAUACUUUUGGAAAUCGUGUUUGAUGCACAUCAUCACUGGCUCUACGUGGCACGUUUACAACUCAAUGCCCGCUCACGCCCAGCACACUCCCACUGGUGAACAGUGUCUGAAAAUAUUUUACAUCAACCACCUAAAAAAGAGUCAAAACAUUCCAUAAAUGAGUUGAAUGGUUGACAGAAUAUUUGAUUACUAAAGCGUUUCUUAGUAGGGGUAGACAGAUGUAUCGGGCCGAUAUUUACCAUUUUUUAUACAUUGGCAUUGGCCGAUAUUUGUCCUUAGUAAAGUCAAUUUAAAUAUUCUAAAUUAACUUUAUUUAGGUCGACCUAUAGGGCUGGACAAUAUAGCCUAAAAUCAAUAUCACGAUAUAUUGAGUGAUUUCUUUUUCUCCUCGAUAACGAUAAAUGGACAAUAACUUCACGUAUGUGCAGAAACAAAAGUUGUCCACUAGAUGGGACUGUCACAUGUAUUGUGUUGAGUCACAUUUUUACGGGACUCAAAGUGGUACAGCUUCUUAAAGAGACAUGAAUGUUGCCAACCUACACACGUCUUUUCAUUGUUUAUCAAAUUUAUUGACAUGGGAAAAAUUGUCUCGAUAAAGAGUCAGACAUUUCGAUAAUACAUUUUCGAUUUAUUGCCCAGCCCAAGGUCGACCUGUAUUCCUUAGCCACAUAGACAUAUGUACUCUAGAGCAUGCACGCGCUAUGACUCCCACUCAUAUGCUGCUCCUCUCGUCACCUUUUUCAAUCCUUAAAAAUUAUUAUUUUAAGCACAAUUCAUUCAACAAAUUGUGUAUUUGAGUGUAUAACUGUGAUUUGAGCAUUUCAGUUGAUCACUAACUGAUGAAUACAAUCACUUGUGGCAAUUAUAUACUCCAUUUACCAUACAAUAAACUCUCACUUCACUCAUUUUUAAUACAUUGCAGUGGUCUCUAGUAGGAUUGAAUGCCUUGUAAGUCAUACUGUGGUGGAUUGGAGCUCUGGUGCACUUGUUUCAGCACAAAUAAUUCAGCUGGAGGAGAAAGUAGCUUCAGACAACAGGAUUUUGAGUCUUAUUUCCUGAUAUUCAGACAUCUAGCUUCUGAUUGGCUUACAGCACUCUACCACUGACGCUUUUUGCUUUGCAACGUUGAUGUUUUAUCUCCACAAAUAACACAAUCCUUAAGGAGUUCUGCUGUGUUGUGGAUUUGCUAAUGCUACCAGUUAGCUUCUGCUUGUCGAGACGUUCCUAGACGCUAAAACAACAACAGCGUUCUCUGUUUUGAGCCAAGAUGGGGGAGUCCAUGCAACAGCUUAAUGUCUGUCAGGCUUUUCAAAUUCUAAAUUUUCACCUUCUGGGCAGGAAAUAGGUGUACGAGACUAUUUUCAUUUGCAGCCUGCAUGAAAAACUCAGAGAGACCGAUCAUUUUCAAAUAUAAUAAGUAAAAAAAUGGUUCCUUAGUGAAGGACCUGUUCAAGAUUUCCUUUGUUAGAUCUGUUUGAUGGGAAAAUGUGAUCAGCGUGUUUUAAGUUUGGCACCAAUUCAGGCUCAUCCUUCCCCCCAACAGCAGCAUUAAAAUUGUUGAUCCAGUUGAAAUAAAAAGGAUAUGAAUGUGAUGAGAACUGGCAGGAAAGUGGCAAAACUAAAAACAACAAUGAACAAAUGAACCUACACAAAUCCAAGAUCAAAUUUUGUUUAUUUUCAAUCACGUACAUAUACUAUUUGUACAUACACAGUUCCUUUAAAAUGUUGUGUUUACAGCAACAGCUUUCAGUAUUUAUUUAUUUUUUUCAUUUGCAUUUAUGUUGACUUUUUCUUUUACUUUUUUGUUUUACUUGAAACGCUUUAUUCUGAAGCUUUGAGAUCAGCGUGAAACAGAUACAGUUUCUUUUUGUUUCUCAAUCUGACAAUGUCAAAAGGUUAAUUCAUUAAAACAGCACGGAGUAAAAGAAAUGAGAGACAGGGGAGUCAGAAAAGAACCAGAGAACAACAAUCACCUGAUUCAGAUGAGCUGUACAGGGUUUUGUAGAGUUACGGCUCUAAACAUGGUAGCAUCACCUGGUGCGCCGCAGUAGCCUGCCUCCCUGUAUGAGUGCAAUAGUGUUUAUUGCAUUGUUGGAUUGUUAUUAUUUACAGUUGAAUUGUGUGGAAAAGUGAAAAUCAAUGAAUUGCAGAUCACUACUAAUGAGUCCAAAGACUAAGUACAAGACAUAGCCUAAUACGUGACAGGUUUUCGCUUCCUUCUGUUCUGGCGGAAAUGUUAUGGCUAAAAGAUUUCUUUCGGAUUACAAAUGAAUGUUUUGAAAACAGGAAUUCUACUAAUCCUGGACGUAAAACAGAUCGAUGUAAGAUUUUGUGACAAACUUUGGGACCAGGGCAUUUUCUGAUUCAGUGGUUAAUGUGAGUGAACAUCAACAAGCACAAAAACAAUUUCCAAACACACAACCGACCCAUCAUUGAUGUUCUUAAAGCGAGCAAGAGUCACAAUCCUGGACUAGAGAUUAGUUUUGGAACCAGUCCAGAUGCCAGGAAACUCACGUCCACAUCGUUUUUGUGUUGGAUGCUGCUUGUCACACGGACACACGAUGAAGCAAAUCCAUUCAUUUCUACAUUCAGUGCGGAGUCUGACAAACCAGCUGUUUGUGUGUUCUUCAGACGCAUUAACCGCCACCAAAAGCACCUUUUGUCACAAA